AACCCCACUUUCACAAUUAUUUUAUUAUUUUUCUUCCUUACUAACCCCAUUUAUACUACUUUUUCAAUAUUUCUCUAUCUUACCAACCAUACUUUAUACAAAAUACUCCGUGUUAUAAUUUUUUUUUUUUUAAAGUCCCACCUUAUCAAUUUUCUUAAAUUUUGUGUACACCUACUAUUGCAUUUAAUAUGAACGGAGGGUAUAAAAAUUUAAACAAAUUGGAAAGAGUACCUCGUAAGACUUAAAAGAAAAAAACAUCUUAAACUCAAAAGUAGGGACCUUAAUUGACUUAACUUCAAACUCCCAAAAAUCUCCACCAAUCUCUCUCUCUCUUCCUCUCUUCCCAACUCAGCGAUCCCAACAAUGACUCACCGAUUCAACUCAACUUCACCAUCACCACCACCACCACCACUACCACUCUCCACAGAAUUAUUAACCCACAAAAAAGACAUGGAAUCCUGCGUUUCAUCAGUAGAAUCAAUCCUAAAGUACAGGUUCGGAAACAAGAAGGUUCUAGAAGAAGCGCUGACUCACUCCUCGUGUACUGAGUCAGCAUCCUACCAACGACUCGAGUUCGUUGGAGAUGCAGUUGUUGGACUUGCUUUUGCUAAUUUUGUGUAUUUGGCGUAUCCAAGUGUUGAUCAGGGGAUUUUAUCGCUUCUUCGUGCGGCUAACAUCAGCACCGAGAAACUCGCCCGUGUUGCUGUUCGCCACGGCCUCUACCGUUAUGUCCGUCAUAACGCUCUUGCUCUUGAUGCUAAGGUUCGAGAGUUUGCACUUGCUGUGGAAUCAGAGGAUGAACUUGCUGCUAUUUACGGAGGUGCAGUAAAAGCCCCAAAAGUUCUUGCUGACAUAGUAGAAUCAAUAAUAGCAGCUGUUUAUGUCGAUUGUGAUUUCGAUUUGAAGUAUGUUUGGAAGAUUAUCAGGGGUCUUCUGGAGCCUAUCGUUACCCUUGAGACCUUGCCGCUGCAGCCAGUGACAAUGCUCUAUGAGUUAUGCCAGAAGCAAGGAAAACAAGUUGACAUGAAACACUGGAGGAAGGUUGAUACAAAUAUUUGUAGCAUUUAUGUGGAUGGAAAGCUUAUUGCUACCGGAACUUCUGAUCAGAAAGAUAUUGCUAAGCUUAAUGCGGCAAAAGAGGCACUGGAGAAAAUCAAUAAAUCUGUUAUCAAUAAUGUGGGUAUUGUUUAUGAAGUCAAUGAAAAAAAUGAGAUUGAAUCUGCUAAGCAGAAGUUACAUGAGCUAUGUUGCAAAAAGAAAUGGCCAAAGGCAACAUACAGGAUUGAGAAAGAAGUGGGGCUAGCUCAUGAGAAGAAAUUUAUGUGCUCCGUUGAGAUCGAAACAGCAGAAGUGAAGCUGUUUAUGUCAGGAGAUGAGAAGUCAAGAGUCAAGGAGGCUGAGAAUUCUGCUGCCUCCAUGAUGAUCCAUAGCCUUGUGGAGUCAAACUAUCUCUGAAGGAUUUCAUCGUCGUGUUGAUGAUGUGCUGCCAUUACGGCCCAUUCAUCUGUUGCAGCUAAGUGGAGGAAAUGGAGAAAGUUCCUGCUUUUUAUGCCUGAAACUGUGAUGGAAAUAUCCCCCGAGAAAACCACCCAGGUUUACAGGUGUGGCAAAUUUCUGAACUCUGAAGUUACAGGCAUAAGACACAGGUACUUCCACAUUUCCUUGACCUAACUGCUGCAGAGUAAUGGGCCUCUCAUGUAUCAACAAAAUCUUUAAUUGAAACCGUAAAUAUGUUUACUUAAUACGGGUUUCAAUUAUUUUUCAAAAUAAUUUGGCAUCUCAUCUCUGCCAAAUCCAUAAAUUCGAAAAGUUUAUGGCCUGUUAGGUUGAACUUUCAACCUUUUUUUUUUCCUUUUUUGACAAUCUUAAGGCAUUUCUUAUUUGAUGUACACUAGUCAUGUUGUUUGUUCACUUAGAACCAAAUAAGCAUGUUCACAUAUUGUUUGGGCAUAAUUGUGGAUUGUAAUGUACACUCUUGUUUUCCUAAUAUGUAAGUGAUUUAUUUACCCAAUUUAUCAUAGUUGUUUCUUCAA